AUGGGGUCUGGCGGAUCUAGGAUUGACGAUUCAUUACGCAAAGACGUAACCGAAGAUUUCUUUAAGCCAAUCCACUUUGACAAAACCGUUUAUUAUUGGGUUAUAUUGCUGGUAUCGGUGGUUAGCGUGGUCGGUCAUUUAUUUGCCAUAAGAGUCGUUUUAUUACGGAAGUAUAAAUAUCUUCAAAAAACAUGCAUUAUAUCGCUCGCCUUCUCGGACAUCUUAACGGUAAUGACUUUUUGCCUCAACAAUUUGGACAUGCUGGGAAAACCUUUGGAUUUAGUAUGGUCUUUCGGUGAAUUUAUUUGCUGGUACAACCCAGUGGGACAAGUGCUGGGCAGCAUGGCCAGCUCCGUGGCUCUCCUUACUAUAGCCCUGGACCGUUACCACAACGUGAUUUACGCUCUGAAUAAGAAAUGGGAUCCAAAACUGUGGAAAUGCGUUUUGGGAGCUUUCGUACUGUGGAUGGUGUGUCUUGCCAUUUCCUACCCAAUGUCAACAUUCUACUUUCACAUCCCGAUGCGUCUACCGAGCGGCCUCGAAGUUUACAUGUGCACUGGAACAACUUCCACCCGAAGCCUUAUAGGGUUCUACUACCUCGUCGUAAACAUUUUAUUCUUCCUGCCCUUGGUUUCAAUGUUUUUUUGGUUUUAUUACAAGAUUGCCUUGCUGAUAUGGAAGCAUCGAAAACCAGUGGCAGCCAACAAGGACAUCGAAGAAUAUGAAAACUCUUCUUCAACGAAAACCAGCACGGAAAACACGAAUAGUUCUCAGAUAAGAAAAAAUUUAACCAAGAAACGUAACCUGCGAAUGGAGCGGAAAAUCCGAACAUUCAAGAUCAUUAUAGUCCUGAUCCUCGCGUUUUUGUUAUGCCGAAUGCCGUAUUGGCUCUUCUGUGUCAUAAAACUGUAUGCCCCUAUAAAAAACGGAACUAUUGUCUGGAAACUCAAUUUGUCCUUCACCAUUUUGAAUUUACUGAAUUGCGCCUUAAAUCCCUUUUUGUACACGUUCUUAAAUCAGACUCUGUGCGUCUUCAGGAAAAUUAACGAUAUGGUGUGCACAACCGUUUGCUGUUGCUUCUCAAACGCCGAAUUUGAGAGUUACGAACGCGGCAUACCAUUACACGAGGAAGUGCUGGGCAAAAUCGCUACGAUUGAACAAAAGAAAAGCGAUAAACCACAAGUUGUUGGGUAUAUUCAUCAAGCUUCUUAUGGGCCUAAGUAUAUAUCAGUUGGAAGAUUUUAAUUUUUUUCUUUGGAAUGUUCCAAGAACCUUUGUCUCCUGUUUGCUAGUUCUAGAACCAAUCUUUACUGACAAAAAAUAAUAUAUUUUUAUUUUAUUCAA